AUGGAUAUUGGUUAUUAUACAUCACCAAUCCCAACACUUAUUCCAUCAACACCAUCAACAAAUACAAGUACACAAUCAGGAACAACAGUUAAUAUAACAAAACGUACACGAAAACGUAAAGAACGUCAACAACAUCAUGAAAUAAUACCAUCAUCAGAUCAUUUCUUAACUCUUUCACCAUCUUCAUCUAAUAUGGUUGGAAAUGAAGGAGCAUUAUUUACAUCGUCGUUGGAUACAUCAUAUUAUGUUGAUGUUGUUGAUAUGGAUGGAAAUGGUACAAAUAAUAAUAGUUUACAUUCACAUCAAACAAAUAAUAAUUUAUCAAGUGGAUCUCAUCAUCAUCAUCAUGGAAGACAAAAACGUGUACGAACAAGUUUUAAACAUCAUCAAUUACGUUGUAUGAGAUCAUAUUUUAAUUUAAAUCAUAAUCCAGAUGCAAAAGAUUUAAAAAAUCUUGCUGAAAAAACAAAUUUACCAAAACGUGUUUUACAAGUAUGGUUUCAAAAUGCACGUGCAAAAUAUCGUCGAAGUGUAUCUCGAAGUGAUACAUUAUCAACAGCAUCUCAACAUUCAUCAAUAGCACAACAACAACAGCAACAAGCUCAACAACAACAACAACAAUCAUCUCAAGUAAAUCAAUCAUCAUCUUUAACAAUGACAAAUAUGAUUGAUAUACAUCCAACAAGAGAAGAUACAACAAAUUCAUCAAAUUUAUCUUCACCAACUGAAUCAAUUCGUUCAAAAACAUCAUCGGUGAAUUUUAGCGAAUCGGAAACAUAUGGUUCCAUGUAG